GCGGCUGCGCGAUACGCCCAAAGCCAGAGUUCCCCCUUUGUUUGUCGAAUCCUUUUCGAAUACUUAUUCCAAUAUUUCGCCUCCUGAGUCGUUGAAACUUGGAAGUGGAGGGAGGGGGAGAGAGAGAGAGAGAGAGAGAUGGAGAUUUCGAUGAAACCCCCUUCCGUCGCCUCACCGUGCUCUGAUCGACGGAUUCUUCCUCCGUUUCGGAUCAAAGAGGGUCUGCCCACCUCCAGAUUUCUCGCUUUUCCUGCCAAUUCUCCGUUUUCUCGAUGUAAUUCGACACGGCUUCGGAUUAAAUUAGGUUCAAUAAAUGACUUGCAAAGAUGCAGAAGCAAACUUGAAUCUUUAUUCUGUUAUGACAAGUCCAUCCCGGAGGAAGUCAUUGAGGAACCGGUUGGUGUAUCUUUGAGUAAAAAGGAAAUAGGGAACAACCCACCUUGCAUGGAUUGUCAAGCUAAAGGUGCUGUCCUCUGUGCUACUUGCUCAGGUUCGGGUUUGUACAUUGACUCAAUACUGGAGAGUCAGGGAAUCAUUGUGAAAGUUAGGUGCCUAGGUUGUGGAGGCACUGGAAACAUCAUGUGUUCAAGAUGUGGAGGGCGAGGUCAUGGAAGAAUAGAUUAAGUCUGCGGUUAUUUUCUUCCUUGCCUUCUGUUGUCUGCUCUCCUUUCAUAGCGGAAAGUAAACUCCCUCGUUGCACUUAUGAGCUAUGCGGUAAUGUUCCUUGUCAAAAACUACGUAAAAAGGGAGCAGAUUCUUGCUAGCACGGCUUGGCCAACUUCUAUUUAACUUCUGUGAUUCUUAGCAUUCUGUAAUUGUUUUGUCCAAGUUCAGAUAUUUACCUUUUUUUUUUGUUGCUUUCUGUGUGCAUUGACUUCUUUUAUGACAUCCCAUUUGAAUUAGCAUGAUUAGUCAUCAUUUUGGAAGUUGAUUCAGAACAAAUUUUGCA